AUGGCAGGAGUUCUAGUAGCAACAAGGUGGCAAGACAUCCAAGGCAUGAACAAUUGGAAGGGAGUGAUCGAUCCCCUCCACCCGGAUUUGCGAGCUGCCGGCAUUCGCUAUGGUGAGUUUGUAGAGGCAGUGUACGAUGCAAUCGACAUGGAGGUCGAGUCCGAGUUCAUAUACUACUCCCUUUACGGCAAAUCAGAUCUCUUCCCCAACGUUGGGGUCACCAGCGAUUACAAAAUCACUCGCUAUCUCUACUCCACUCUCGUCGUCGAAGGCUGGAGGACUGCCUUCGAUGGCCUCCACAAGAGAUCAUCCACGACCUGGAUUGGCUACAUUGCAGUCUCGAGCGACCAGGAAACCCGAAAACUCGGCCGUAGAGACGUCGCGGUCAUCCUCCGCGGGACCAAAGCCUCCGAUGAAUGGUACGUGAACAGCGAGUUUAUGAUGAAGGAGCUCAAGCUCCUGGGGCUGGAGAAGCCGCUUCCCAGGGUCGUGGAGGGAUUUCUGAGCAUGUACACUGCCUCGGACGCUUCCAAGAUGUUUGGAGACUCGAGCUUAAGAGACCAGAUCUUCAAGGAGGUGAACAAGCUCGUAGAAGUGGAUUACAAGGACGAAGACAUGAGUAUCACUUUUGUGGGUCACAGCAUGGGGGCCGGAAUGGCACCACUCGCAGCAGCGGACUAUGGAUUCAACAAGCCGCGAAUCGCCGAAGGAAGAACAGUCAUGGUGACGGCGUUUGUGUAUGGAGCUCCAAAGACCGGCGAUGGUGAGUUUAAGAAGCGGGCCGAGGAGUCGUGA